UCGUGUCCGCCUGAGAAGAGGAACAAAACAAUCUCUCUCUGUGGCAAUGGCUUCUUCAAGCGGAUGGAUGGGCAACAUGUACUCGAUUGCUUCUCGCAUUUAUUUCUUCCUCAUCAUCCUUCAGAUACCUCUCUUCAGGGUCCCAUGUCGAUCAGGGAUAUGUACCACGCCAUUAGAGGCGACUUCUUCACAGUUGAUAGCAACUGACGUUUGCCCUGUAUUUGUAGUGAAGGCUCUUCUCUACCCUGGUGCUGUUGCUAAUGGUAUCAUCAACAAUAGAACCAUCCCUAGAUGGGAUAACAUACUAAAUAUCUACAACUUGACAAAUGUGAAAGAAGCCUCACCAGAGACUGACCUCAAGCGCCUUGAGGUCCUUGCAGGUAGUUACUUUGCUGUGGCAGGAGCAAUUGUGGGUUUGCUGAAACCAGGAAGGAUGAGCAUGUUUGGGACACUUCUCGUCAUUUGGGGUCUUGUAAAGGAAGGGAUCUUUGGAAAACCUGUUAACACGGAUCCUACAAAAGCCGUUUAUGUGUACCCAACAAUGGUAAUUGCUCUGGUUUGUGCAUUUGCAUCCGUAAAGUAUGAUUUGAAGAAGAUAACCAGAAGUGCACCAGUCCGUCCUAUUGCCAAACCUUUGCAAAGCUCUAAAAAAUCAAAGCUGAAAUGAGUUGCCUUUGUUACAAAAUGUUUUCUUCCGUUGGAAGCAGUUUUUUUUAGUUGAAGCCCCUUGUUUGGGGACCGAGGUGGCAUAAAGCAAACAGUCUCUGAAAUUUAUCU